AUGAUGAACCGAUUAAGCACAGGGUUGUUUAGGGGGUUGGCCUCGGUGCCACGCAGUGUUCCUAGUGCGAUAAUGACGGCCGGAGGAGCCAUGAGCCACAUAAGAAGCAUGCACCAGACGAUGCCAACGAUGGAAAAAUACUACAAGAUCACCAAAUAUGCCAAACCAGUUGACGACACCAAAUACCAGGUAGGCGAUUCCGCCGAGGGGUUGAGAAUUCCGUUAUUCAAAAAGCAAUAUCCUAAUUAUCAUUACGAAGCAAUGUUCUUCAAACGUCAGAACAGAGGAUUAUACGGAGGAUUGCAGAGAAAGAGAUCGAAAACGUGUUCUGAGUCCAAGAACAAGAGCUUAAGGGCACACAAGCCUAAUAUCGUGAAGGCCAAGUUGUGGUCCGAAACAUUGAACAAGACGAUUGCCACCAGGGUGUCGACCACCGUUUUGAGAACCAUCACGCGUGAAGGGGGUUUAGACAAUUAUUUACUCAAGGACAAGCCAGCCCGGGUGAAGACCAUGGGAUUGAAGGGGUGGAACUUGAAGUACGAUAUCAUGAAGAAACAGGAAUUCAACAAGUUGCCCAAGGUGGAGAAGGAUGGCGAUGUACAACAAGUGUACUAUGUCCACAGAGACGGCAUGCAGGUCACAGUGGGUAGGAAUAAGUUGCUCGAGGAGUUAUGGCAGUUUGCCAGCAAAGACACAUGGACCCCAAUCACCUGGAAGCAAUUCCUCCUGAACCACACGUACUUGACGACCGAGGAGAUCGUGGAUAAGUUGCACCAUUACAACUUUGACUUUUCAAAGGUGUCGGCGUAA